AUGGAGGCGGAGGUUGAUAAGCUGGAGCUGAUGUUCCAGAAAGCUGAUUCUGAUCUGAAUUGCAUUCAGUACAAGCUGGAAUAUGAAAUCAAGAUUAAUCAUCCUGAUUCUUCAGGCAAGAAAAAUCCAGUUACACUCUUAAAGGAAUUAUCAGCGAUAAAGUCUCCAUACCAAACUUUACAUGCACGCUUAUCAACGGCUGCACUUGAGCAGAAAGAGACCAAGAGCCGCAUUUGUGCCACUUUGAAUAAAACUAUGACCAUGAUACAAGAACUACAAAAGCAAUCAGACUUGGAGUUGUCACCACUGACUGAAGAAGAGAAAGCUGCAGCAGAGCACUUCAAAUUUUCCGCGUUAGUCUGAUGAAGAAAUGGACUUACAAAAGGAGACUCUAUGGCAAGAAGUCAAUUCCAGAGAGAUGUGGGAUACUGCUGUCUUGUUAGCAUCUGGUUACUAGAAGAAGGAUUAUGAAGACUGGGCUCAUGUGAUUGGACAGCGAUGCCCUCACAACAGAGGGGAC